AUGUUUAUAUUAUUUGUUCUUUUUCUUUCAAUCCGUACAUUCUUUCUUUCAAUCCAUAGAUUGUUCUUCUCUUCUUUUCCCUCCAUAAAUUCUUUCAUUCAGUCCAUAAAUUUAUUCUUCUCUUUCUCUCAAUCCAUAGAUUCUUUCUUCUCUUUCUUUCAGUCCAUAAACUCUUUCUUCUCUUUCUUAAAAUCCAUAAAUUUAUUCUUCUCUUUCACCCAAUCCAUAGAUUUUUCCUUCUCUUUCUUUCAAUCCAUAAAUUUAUUCACUCUCUCUCUCUUUCUUACUCUCUCAAUCCAGAGAUUCUUUCUUCUCUUUCUUUCAAUCCAUAAACUCUUUCUUCUCUUUCUUACAAUCCAUAAAUUUAUUCUUCUCUUUCAAUCAAUCCAUAGAUUUUCCCUUCUCUUUCUUUCAAUACAUAAAUUUAUUCACUCUCUCUCUCUCUCUUUCUUACUCUCUCAAUCCAGAGAUUCUUUCUUCUCUUUCUUUCAAUCCAUAAACUCUUUCUUCUCUUUCUUAAAAUCCAUAAAUUUAUUCUUCUCUUUCACCCAAUCCAUAGAUUUUUCCUUCUCUUUCUUUCAAUCCAUAAAUUUAUUCACUCUCUCUCUCUUUCUUACUCUCUCAAUCCAGAGAUUCUUUCUUCUCUUUCUUUCAAUCCAUAAACUCUUUCUUCUCUUUCUUACAAUCCAUAAAUUUAUUCUUCUCUUUCAAUCAAUCCAUAGAUUUUCCCUUCUCUUUCUUUCAAUCCAUAAAUUUAUUCACUCUCUCUCUCUCUCUCUCUUUCUUACUCUCUCAAUCCAGAGAUUCUUUCUUCUCUUUCUUUCAAUCCAUAAACUCUUUCUUCUGUUUCUUACAAUCCAUAAAUUUAUUCUUCUCUUUCAAUCAAUCCAUAGACUAUUUUUCCUUCUCUUUCUUUCAAUCCAUAAAUUUAUUCUCUCUCUCUCUCAAUCCAGAGAUUCUUUCUUCUCAUUCUUUCAAUCCAUAAAUUUAUUCUUCUCUUUUUCUCAAUCCAGAGAUUCUUUCUUCUCUUUCUUUCAAUUUAUAAAUUUAUUCUUCUCUUUCUCUUCUUGUUUUUCUUCCUAUCCAUUCUCCAUCAUCCCCAUCAUCAUCUCCAUCUUCUUCUUCUUCUUCUUCUUCUUCUUCUUCUUCGUUUUCCCUACGCCAUAA